AUGGUUAGUCAGCGUUACCUGAUACACGCCAUAAGUCAUGAUUCAUUAACAUCAUUUGAUACAAGUGAAUAUGAUGAUGAUGCUGUUGAAAUGGAUUACCCAUUUAAAUCUUCUGACAUUGCAGUUAAAUUAGUGUGUUCUUGUAAUGGUUUGGUUCUGCUUUGGUAUGAUGAUUAUCCUGACAGUAAAGAAUUCUUCUGUCUUUGGAACCCGGCAACACAUGAGUACAAGGUAAUACAUGAAUCACCAAAUGAGUUCCUAAUGGAAGAUGGUGGUAUGCAGGCAUUCAAAUAUGAUUAUAAGAUAGACGACUACAAAUUGGUAAAAGUUGUACACCAGCAUGGAGACAAGUUUCCCUUUAAUUUAGCAUCUGAUGUGCUUGUUAAUGGGGCACUGCACUGGGUACUUGCCAAAUGGGUUAUAGUGUCUUUGAACAUUAGUGACGAGAGAUUCGAAGUAAUACAACUGCCAAAUGAACCUCUGGAGAGUAAGCAUUUGUUUACGAAUGUGGGAGUGUUGGAAGGGUGCCUUUGUGUACUUGCUAGUGUACCCGAGAUUUGUUAUAAUGUAUGGGUGAUGCAAGAGUAUGGAAUUCGAGAAUCUUGGACUAAACGCUAUGUCAUUACCCAUGAUAGAAUUCUGAAACAUGACUGUUUUCUGAGCCUCCUCUGGUCUUUUAAGAAUGGUGAGAUUCUUUUCUUCAUUCCUGGCAAUCUAAUUCUUUACAACCCAAUGCACGCAAGUAUCAGAGAACCAAAUAUUUUCAUCCAAACACAUUUAUACGCGACUCGGAACUAUUUUGAGAGCCUGGUUCCGCUUAAUUCUGGUACUUAUGUACAGAGACUCGAGGAAGAAGAAGAGGAGUAG